AUGGCUGUCGUGAAUAUUAUUGUGACACUCACCAUCCCACUCCUGACAGCCAUUGGGUAUGGUUUAUACUGCGGCUUCCAGCACCGUUGUAAAAUCAAUGAGCUCCGCAAACAAGGAAUUCGCAUGCCGAAGGAGUGGAACUGGUUCACUGGCCAUCUGCUGGUACUCCAAAAAUACGUCGAUCGUCUGCCCGCUGACGCUCAUGUUCUUCUCGCAGUGCAUGAACUGGCCAAGGACUACGCCGAUACAGAAAUCUUCUUAAUGGACGUCUGGCCGGUGUUUCCUGCGGUCUACAUGAUCUAUGAUCCAGAUGCCUCCGUGCAUGUCUCAACCAAAUACAAUCUCCCCAAGACCGAUAACUUUGAUAAGUUCAUGCAUCCAAUCACAGGUGGACCAAGUUUACUUUCGAUGAACGACGCCGAGUGGAAGAAGUGGCGGUCGAUCUUCAAUCCAGGGUUUAGUUUCGGUAACAUGGCAUACCAUAUACCGACAGUGGUUGAUUCUGUACAAGUUUUCUGUGAUAUACUUCGGGACAAGGUCGGAACGGGGAUAUUUCAGCUCGAUGAGCUCACUACUCGCUUGACUAUGGAGGUCAUACUUCGAGUAACCCUUGAUAUGGACUCGAACUAUCAACGCUCCGAGAACGAAUUGGUGCACGCCCUGAACACCAUCACUGCAUGGCAUUCAUUCUGGGACCCGCGCGUCCUAACGAAUCCCAUUCGGCCAUUAGUCCAAAAGUACCACAGCCGUGUUAUGGAUCGGUGCAUCCGGAAGGAACUGGACAAGAGAUUCGCCGAAAUGAAACACCCAUCCCAUUCGUCGUCGUCGAAGCGCGUCAAAUCUGUCAUUGCCCUUGCCCUUGAGGCAUACCUAGCUGAUCACCACCAGAAGGCUGGUGAAACGAACAAGCUCGACGACGUCUUCGCAAAAUACGCAACCCACCAGAUCCGCCUGUUCCUAUUCGCUGGUAACGACACCACUUCAAGCAGUAUGGUUUAUGUGUACCACAUGCUCUCAAAACACUCCGCUGCGUUGGCCCAAGUACGACAAGAGCACGAUCGUAUUUUCGGUCCGGAUGCCUCCGCUGCAGCGCAACUUCUCAAGUCCAACCCUGCUCUCCUAAACCGAUGCCCGUAUACUCUAGCUGUCAUCAAAGAAACACUACGGUUAUUCCCCCCAGCCGCAACUACGCGCCAAGGGCUCAACGACAUAACCUUAACUGACCGCCACGGCAAUCUCUACCCACUUGAUCGUGAAAUGGGAGCGGAAAUCGUGCACCCAACUGUCCAGAAAAACCCACGGAUAUGGCCACACGCCGAGGAAUUCCUCCCAGAGCGAUGGCUUGUCGAUGCCGAACACGAACUAUAUCCGAACCCAGCUGCGUUCCGUCCCUUUGAGCAAGGCCCACGAAACUGCAUCGGGCAAAAUCUCGUCUAUAACGAGAUGCGGAUAUUAUUGGUGAUGACUGCGAGGGUGUUUGAUAUCAAACCAGCGUACGAUGAAUGGGAUGCAAUGAAACUGGCAAGUGAAGGGCCUUUGCCGAAACUUGCCAGGUUUGUGGGCCUCGGUGGUAACCAAAUCAAAACUGUACACGGGGAAAGAGCAUACCAGACAGAAAAGGCUGGCACCCAUCCAGCUGAUGGGUAUCCGUGUCGUGUAUCGUUGGCACAAUAA